AUGGAGUUGGUCAGCAAUAUCCCGACCGUUUUGGUUUCCUCGAUUGGAUUCUUAUGCCUGCAUGCCUUGUAUAGACGCGUGACUAGCCCACUCUCGCAGAUACCAGGUCCUGAGGUAUCGAGAUGGACAGACAUUGUGUACAUUUACUACUGGCUCAACGGCCAGAUCCCACUCUACGUUCAUAAGCUACAUGAAGAAUAUGGACCUGUUGUUCGGACUGGCCCUUCCCGUGUUGACAUCUGUGACAUCGGCGCUGUAAAAGAAAUCCACAAAACAAAUAGUCGCUUCUUGAAAUCAGACUGGUAUCUGAAACUCGUUCCCAACGGCUCCGAAACCAUGUUCUCUACUACAGACCAGCAACUUCAUUCUUCGCGUCGGCGUUUACUUGCAUCGCCCAUCUCUGAUUCAUCGCUGACACGGAUGGAGCCUAUAAUCCUGUCCCGGGUCCAUAUGGCAAUCAACAGGAUAACGGAGGAGAUGGGGAGACGUGGUGCAGCGGAUGUGUUCAAAUGGUGGCUGUUCAUGGCGACGGAUGUUAUUGGCGAACUUAGCUUCGGGGAGUCAUUUCGGGUGCUUGAAGCUGGAGAGAAAACCCAAUAUACCAUGGACCUUGAGCACAUCUCCAAUCUCCAGCCAAUCCGCACCACUUUCCCAUUCCUCGUCAAACUAGGCAAAUACCUGCCACUCCCAUCCAUCGAGCGGUAUAAGAAGAUGAUCGCGGAGAAUCCCACCGACCCAAAGCCAACCCUCUUCACGAAAAUGUUCGACUCGGAGAAGAGCGGCUUAACCCACGAACAGAUCCGACAAGAGGCGCAAGGGUACAUCAUUGCAGGCAGCGACACUACAGCUGUCACUUUGACAUACCUCAUCUGGGCUGUCUCUCGAGACGCCCGCGUUCGAGACAAGUUGGUCGAAGAACUGGCGACAGUGCCCGAGCCAGUGGCCGAUCGAAACUUGCGCGAUUUGCCUUACCUGAACCAGGUCAUCAAUGAGACACUGCGAUUGUACACGGCCGUUCCAUUUGGUCUACCGCGGUCAACCCCAUCUGAAGGAGCUACCUUUAAUGGAUACUUUGUUCCGGGUGGGACUACAGUGUCCACACAAUCUUACAGUAUGCAUCGGGAUCCGGCAAUUUUCCCAGAUCCACAUGCCUUCAAGCCUGAAAGAUGGGCGAAUGUCACAAAAGAUAUGAAAGAUGCGUCAUUGCCGUUUGGAGGGGGCUCAAGAAUUUGUAUCGGAUUGCAUCUCGCCCGCAUUGAGUUGCGCCUUGGUACAGCGCUUUUCUUUCGCAAAUUCCCUAAUGCGCAUCCUUCAGCUACAGAAGGGAUGACUGAGCGGGAUAUGGAUAUGAAGUCUUUCUUUUUGAUGGCUCCGCAGGGACAUCGGUGUCUUAUUGAGGCUUGA